UUCAAUUAGCGUAUGGACUGUUUCCAGUGAUCUUACAUUAAUCGGGAGCCACACUCAAUUAGGACCAGGUUAGAGAUACAAAGUAGAUAGGUAUUCCGAAGAGUAUGUCGUCAUUUCAACUACAGAACUCUGAGGUUUUAGCUCGUCUUAAGCCGUUUGGAAUCUCGUUUGAAAAAUCACUAAGUGACUUGAUCAAAGGGAUUAGGGCACAUUCAAAGGACUCACCGGAAAGCUUACUGAAUUUCUUGGACUCUGCUAUAUCCGAGUGCAAGAAUGAACUCAAUACCACCGAUCUUGAAACUAAAGCAAUUGCUGUUUUGAAGUUGGCAUAUUUGGAAAUGUAUGGUUUUGAUAUGUCCUGGUGUAAUUUUCAAAUUUUAGAAGUGAUGUCCUCUACUAAUUUCCAACAAAAGCGUAUUGGGUAUUUGGCAGCUAUCCAGUCUUUUAAGAAUGAACAAGACUUAUUGAUUCUUGCUACCAAUCAAUUCAAGAAAGAUUUGAAUUCCCAUAAUCAUGUUGAGGUUGGAUUGGCACUCAGUGGGAUUGCAACUAUAGUGACUCCUAAUCUUUCCAAGGAUAUAAAUGAUGAUGUUUUGAUGAAGCUUAAUCAUUCAAGUCCAUAUAUUCGAAAAAAGGCCAUUUUGGCUAUGUAUAAGAUUUUUUUACAGUAUCCCGAGAGUUUGAGGAUCAAUUUUAAUCGGAUAAUUGAAAAGCUUGACGAUACUGAUGUUUCGGUGGUUAGUGCUACAAUUAAUGUCAUUUGUGAAAUUUCGAAGAAGAAUCCUAAUAUUUUUGUCAGUUACUUACCUAAAUUUUUCUCAAUCUUGGAAGAAACUGAAAAUAAUUGGUUGAUUAUAAGAAUACUUAAACUUUUCCAAAGUUUAUCUAAGGUUGAACCAAGAAUGAAGAAGAAAAUCUUGCCCAUUAUCUUAGGUAUGAUGUUGAAAACUGAUGCAUCCUCUUUAAAGUAUGAAUGUAUCAAUUGUAUAAUCAAUGGAGCAAUGUUAUCUUCUGAUUCUUCCAAGGAUAAGAAUAUUGCAAAAGAAUGCAUUGAACAACUUAUGAAUUUUUUUGAAACGAGGGAUUCUAAUUUGAAGUUUGUUGGUUUGCUUGCAUUAAUUAACAUCAUCAAAUUGUUUCCUUCUCUUAUGCAUAAAGUUAAAGGGGUAUCAGUAAUUGUAAUGGAUUGCCUUACUGAUACUGACUUGAUUAUCAAACGUAAAGCGUUGGAAGUAUGUCAUUAUUUAGUAACCGAAGACAAUAUUGUCGAUUUGAUUAAAAGCUUAUUAUUACAGUUGAUUCCAAAAGAAAAUGUCAUUAUACCAGAAUCAUUAAAGUUGGAAAUAUCAUCAAAAAUUAUAGAAAUCUCAUCACGCGACAACUAUGAGAAUGUUCCAAACUUUGAAUGGUAUAUAGCAGUGUUGAAAGACGUAAUAAAUUUGACUUUAUUGCCACUUCCAUCAACAGCUAACACUACCAUAUCCUAUACGACAUCUAGUGAAAUUGCUACCAGGAUUGGGAAUGAAUUAGAAAAUUUAGCAUGUAAAAUUCCAUCCAUAAGAUCGGUCAUUAUCAAUAAAGUGGUUGUUGACUCUUUACAAGAUGUAAAAUUUUUAGAAAAUUGUCCACUAUUAUUGAAAGUUUUUUAUUGGAUCAUGGGAGAAUAUAUUGACGAUUUAAAACCAAUAGAUGAUUCCGAUAGCGAGAUUGUAUUGAUUCAAGCGUUGGUAAAAUUGUAUAGUGGAAUAGUAAGUGAUUAUAUAAAACAUUACUCUUUGAGUGAUGGUAAGUUACCACAUUCUAAAGCUAAUGAGUUGAAAUUUUAUUUAUUCAAAUUAAUAAAGUUUUUAGCUAACUGGGAAAAUCAUUCUAACUAUGAGGUUCAAGAGCGGGUUUUGUCAUGGCUUGAAUUUUUGAAACUUGUGUUUGAAGCUUUAACCAGUGGAGAUUUGAAAGAAAUUGAGGCUUUACAAAAAGAAGAGCCAGAGGAAUUGCCUAUUUUAUUGACCCACAUUCUACCAUCCUUUUUCAAGUCCUACCAAUUGAACCCUAUAUCACAUGGAUCACAGCGUCGAAUUCCAAUUCCCGAAGACUUAGAUCUUGAAACCGUUAUCAAUAGUCCACCGGACUUUGCAUUGGAAAAUGAUGUUAAUGAUAGCGAAGAGCAAUCGAUAUUCUCAAGCGACGAUGAAAGCAGAGCUGAAGAUGAAGGCAAUUUGACCAAUGGAUUAUUGAGUGUGUCAGCCAGUGAAGAGGAUUUCAGGAAACGGGAAAGAUUAGAAAGAAUGAAAGACGAUCCAUAUUAUUUAACAUCAGAUAAUAAGAACGAUAAAAAGGCCAAAUCGAAAAAAUCAAAGAAGUUAUUGAGUAUUGUUGAUACUGAUAAUGAGUCCAGCCGUAGUCCAAGAGACGCUGGAUCUGAGAUUCAAAGUGAACGGAACUCGGUUAAAUCUUCUAAUGGGAAGAAAACAAAAUCCAGUGGUAAGACCAAAGCCAGAAAAAUGAAAAAGGAAAAGGUUGUUAUAUUGUCCGAGGAGACUGUUGGUGGACCUGAGCUUAUAGAAGAGCCUAAAGAGGAAUCCAAGAAGAAGAAGAAGAAUACGCUUAAGAUUGAUUCUUCUAAUCUUGACAACUUUGAUAUUAAGUCUGAAUCGGUCAGUGUUGAACCUUCUGGCAAAGAAUAUGAAUAUGAUGUUGAUUUGGAUGCAAUAAGACAACAAUUAGUACAGGAAAAGGCUAAGAAGACUAGUAAAAAGAGCAAAAAGAAGGAAGGAGACGAGAAGCCAAAGAAAAAAUCACCGAAAAAGAAGACCGAAGAGGUCCCAACUGAAGGAAGCUCUGACAAGGUCCCAACUGAGGGAAGCCCUGACAAGGUGAUCAAUGUCAAGCCAAAGAAGAAGAUAAAGAAAAAGGCGGCCAAAAUCUUGGAUUAGAAAACAAAAAGUAUAUACGUUUAUUCUCUAUAUAAAUAUAUGAAAGAAACAUUGUAAACAAUCACAGAU